UCGCCACAGCCGUUGGUGCCCCCGCACCAGGCCUGGACUUCAGCCCUAUGCGCCACACCCACCUGUGAAUGGAUGCUUCGCGAGCAAAAGAAACGGCGUCCACGACGGCGCUGUGUAGCUGAGCGUAUCUCUCUGUGGACGUCUGUGAGGGAAUGCUUGACGAGCGAGCUGAGCUGAAGAGCGUCGGCGAAGUCGUAUGAGCAUGACUAGCACCAGGCUUUGUUGUCGACGGCCAGAAACUCAUCUGGUACUCUGCGCUCUGGUCUGCGGUCGAUGUCUGCUCAAACUGCGAUGUGGGACUUUUUGUCGAAGAAGAAUCGUGGGUUCAAGCCGCUUGCCGACAAAGAUGGGGACGACGAUGCGGAUAGGGAGAGUCUGCUUUCUUUAGCAGCCCAGCCGCUUGUACGACGAGGGCCUUCGUGGCGCCUGUUUGCACUGUGCCUUGUGGCGACGUCUUGCUUGUCCGUGAUACUCGGAGCGUGGAUUGGCAACACGGCGCGUCGAGAUGCGGACGCGUUCAGUAUCCGGCACACGUCUCAGUAUUCACCUAUUGUAGACAACAUCGACAUCCACUUCACCACCCUCCGCUUCAAUGGCUCUCUUCUUUCCUCAAACCCCUUCCGCUCAGACGCGGGCCCAGAAGUAGACGCAGCCUGGAAGUCCCUCGGUGCAGAUUACUCCGCAGCGCGCAUUCCCCUCGACCUCGCCGCAAAAUCCGGCCUCGCGCCCGAUCAAGUCCAGAUCAAGCAGAAAUACGGCGGCGGCUACCCAGCACACGUGGAGGGUAUGCAUCACCUGCACUGUCUUAAUCUCCUAAGGAAGUCCCUGGCGUGGAACUUUGCGUAUUACCAGGCCCAGGGGCUCGGACCGUUCUCCAAUGACAAGGAGAUUCUGAAAUAUCACGUCACACAUUGUCUCGACAUUCUCCGUCAGCAGCUCAUGUGCACGGUCGACGUCGGCGUGCUCGGGCAGGUGUGGUACCAGCCCGAGGGCAAGUCGCCUACGCCGUUCGUAGAUUUCAACACGGUGCACAUGUGUAGGAACUUUGAGGCUGUACGGGCGUGGGCGGAAGAGAAUCAGCUGCCUGCGGCGGAGGAUACGCCGGUUGACUUCUUGGAGCCACCAAAGGAGGGGGGCAGGGUGUGGGCGGAGGUUCCGUAAGCCGUAAGGAAGCUCGGCUUCGGAAGGUGUUCCAAACAUAUAGAACGUGAGGCCAGGUCAUUCGUCAUCUUAUGUUGGUCAAUCAUGUGUUUGGCAUCGCAUCAUUGGAGUAGAGUGCAAUGGCAGGAUGUUGGUAGGAUUUACGCUCGUGACAAGCAGACAUGUGUGUUCUCAGUACAAUUCCAG